AUCAGAACAGAAUCAGAUCAGCCAUCAGAUCAUGAGAUCAUAAGUUUAUUAACAGUCUAACCUCAAUACCUUAACCUCAAACAAUUUUAUCAUCAUCACCCAGUGUGCUAUUUUACACACUCUACCGUAUGUUACUUUUAUCUAUUUGUCCUUAACUUGUAUUGUAAUCAUAAUUCAUAGCUUGGUUAUUGUAUUCUCUUGCCCAAGAUGGUUGUGGAGAGUAAAGUAGAAGAUACUGUGAGUGGAACAGAAGACCCAAAGUCCAAAAAAGCUCUAAAGAAAGCAGCCAAAGAUGCAGAAAAAGCAGCCAAGAAGGAAGCAAAGAAAACUUCAGGACAAGGAGAUAUCAACAAGGUAGAAGAGGAUGUCUCAGAAGGUAAAUAUGGUUCGCUUGGAAUCAUUCGAAGUAGUGCAGAGGAUAUGAAGAGAAGCAAAGAAUUUUAUCAUAUCAAAGACCUUACACCCUCUAUUGAGAACAAGAUAGUAUUGGUUAGAGGAAGGCUUCACACCAGCCGAGCAAAAGGUAAACAAUGUUUUAUGGUACUCCGUCAACAACAGUUCACUGUGCAAUGCCUUGUCAAUGUUUCUGAAACCAUUAGCAAACAGAUGGUUAAAUUUGCUUCAAACAUAAAUAAAGAAACAAUUGUAGAUGUUGUCGGAAAAGUGAGCAACGUCCCCAAAAAAAUUGAUUCUUGUAGCCAAAGCCUGGUAGAGAUACAUGUAAAUGAGCUGUGGGUUGUAAGUGAAGCCAAAAGCCAACUUCCUCUCCUGAUUGAAGAUGCGGCAAGACCGGUUAAAGAUGAUGACCAAGAAGGCCUUAAUAUAAGAGUCAAUCAGGACACGAGGCUGGACAACAGAGUUCUUGAUCUAAGAACACCAGCCAAUCAAGCUAUUUUUAGGCUAGAGGCUGGUGUUUGCAAACUAUUCAGGGAUAUUUUAACCAACAAAGGAUUUGUUGAGAUUCACACUCCAAAAAUCAUUAGUGCAGCCAGUGAAGGUGGAGCAAAUGUCUUUACUGUAUCAUAUUUUAAGACAUCUGCAUAUCUUGCACAGAGCCCUCAACUGUACAAGCAAAUGGCUAUUGCUGCUGACUUUGACAAGGUAUUUACUGUUGGUGCAGUUUUUAGAGCUGAAGACAGUAACACUCACCGUCAUUUGACUGAGUUCGUUGGACUUGAUCUGGAAAUGGCAUUUAAGUACCACUACCACGAAGUUCUAGAUACAAUUGGAAAUACCUUCACUGAAAUGUUUAAAGGACUUCGAGACCAAUAUAAGACUGAAAUUGAAACUGUUGCUCAGCAGUUUGCAGUUGAACCCUUCAAGUUUCUCGACCCUCCUCUCCGUUUGGACUUCUCUACUGGCCUGAGCAUGCUUCGAGAGGCUGGAGUAACCAUCGGUGAUGAAGAUGAUUUGAGUACACCUGAUGAAAAGCUGUUGGGAAGGCUUGUCAAAGCUAAGUACAAUACAGAUUUCUACAUUUUGGACAAAUACCCUUUAGCUGUGCGUCCUUUCUAUACAAUGCCCGACCCUGAAGAUUCCAAAAGAUCCAACUCAUAUGACAUAUUUAUGAGAGGAGAAGAAAUCAUGUCAGGUGCUCAAAGGAUUCACGAUCCUGAAAUGUUGACUCAAAGAGCUCUUCAUCACAAUAUUGACCUUGAAAAAAUUAAAGCUUACAUAGAUUCAUUCCGAUAUGGAUGUCCACCUCAUGCUGGAGGUGGUAUUGGCUUAGAACGAGUUGUUAUGCUGUAUCUGGGACUCGAUAAUAUUCGUAAGACAUCCAUGUUCCCCCGUGACCCGAAGCGUGUUACUCCAUAAACACUUUACAGUAAGAUGAGAUUCGCCACUUAUUGUUUUGGUAAUGUAGGCCUAUAGUUUUUAUUUUAAUCUCAUCCUUAAGUGUAUAAUAAAGUACAUGUAUGGCCUAACUGUUUUCAAUCACUGCAUUUAUACCUCUGUAUGUGAAGUUAAAUUUGUAAAUUAUAACUCAAGUAGGUAAAUAUCAAUUGCCCUACCUAAAUAAGGUUUUAUGUUUUUUUCACUCCAAGCUAGGCUAUGUCUGCUUUAGACCUACGCUCUUUCUAAAUGUUGGAAUGGGUAUUAGGCUAUUUUUAUAAAUUAUUGUGAGGUAUGGUAACUGUUUUAUAAAUAAAUAUGGCCCUAAGCCAGAGUUGUUAAGGAUUUUGUGGAUAGGUUUAACAACAGGCUGUCCUUUCUGACAGAAAUAAAUGCACAAAAUGUUAUAGCCUAUAUGUCAGAAAACUAAUGGGUAAAAAUUUUAGUAGGCCUACUUACGUAAUAUACUGACCACACCGAUAAACCGAGUUCCUGAUGACCACACCGAUAAACCGACUUCCUAAUAAGUUUUUAAUUAGUUUAAGUAACAAAAUCUUCAUAACCUAAUCCAAUUACGUCAUAAUUAUUAGGUUUGUUCGAUACAAUACGUAAGUACCAAAAUUUCAAUCACAAGAUGAAAAUGCUAUGUAUUUAUUUGCACAUUUUCAUCUAGGCUAUUUUUGUCAGUAAGGUAGGGAAUCCUAAAACCAGUUGUGAGUUAUCUUUUUCAUUAUGGAAAAACUUCACAUUUUUUAUCGGUUUUUUAAUUUAUAUCAAUUUUGAGUAAACAGGGAGAAGGAAUUCACUUUAUAUUUGUAAAUAACUGUACAGUACCAAACUUCAAUGAACUUAAUUCAAUAAUUUUAUUUAAUUGACAGAAAAUGAUUUAUUUCCAGAUUGGUUAUCUAACUCUUACUGUGGAUUCAAGUUAGAAUAGUUAAGCUACUUGCAUGUCAUUUUUAUUUGUUUUGAACUUUAUUUCUAUGCUAUUUUUUAAAACAUUCUUGUUUCAUUAUGAUUAUUUCAAGCUUUUCAUAUUUUGGGGUUGUAAUCCUAACCAUGUGUGUGUUUAUACUUUCUGUUCAAUAAACAGUUUAUUAUUUUA